AUGGCUACAAAACAUAUAUUUGGAAACGAGCUUAUUCCAUAUGGACAGGCACUGUUUGAAGAGCUUGAACCGGAAACUCAGGACAGAGUCAUGCAAACAAUACGCGAAGACUCAAAUACAAACUAUGACAAACUCUUUCUAGGAUAUAGGUUACCUGAGAUGGGCGACCAGAGCCCAAAGGCAAAAAGGACAUGGGAAAUUUACAACAUACUAGGUGAACAUGAGGCAAAGAUGCAACAACUUGAAGCAGAGGGCAAGUUACCAAAAGCGACACCAAAGAAGAAGAGAAGAGUAGAACAAAGUGAAAGUAGUGAAGAAGUAACUUCAUCUAGUGAAAGUAGUGGCAAUGAAGGAAAAAGAAGAGUUAAAAACUCAGUCAGGAAGAAAGUAAAGCUUGGUCCACGUGGGUUCUAUUAUGACACAUAA